CUGUGUUGAUGUCUCAGAGCUCUGGUUCCCAUGCUGCAGAGCUCCUGUUCUUCUAUCUCUGUGAGGACCGAGUCUCAGUUUACUUUGAAUUCAGUCUUUUAUUUUCUGGAUGUUUCGAUCAAACCUGAAGCUCAGUUUGGAUUUUAAAACACAAAGUUUGGAUUUGUUGUUUUUCAUCUGCUGCAGAAAAAGGAUGUUUUAAAAAAUAUUUCUGAGGAUCCAGUGAAUUUAAAUUUUGACUUUCCGUCAGAACUUUUGGAUUUUAUUUGAUAUUUUCAGUCUGAACCCUCCUGGAGCCCAGUAUUCAGUCUGAGGUGGGGUUCAUUUCAGGGUCUUGGUCGUCUGAGUGUCCGUGUUGGUGCAGUUUUUCGUCUGAAUGCCCCAGGAUUACCCUCAGGCUGCAGUUCCUCACCCGGCCUGCAGGGCGGCAGCAGAGAGUGGCGGCUGGCAGCUGGAGAGGCGGAGCGUCGGCAUGAGCGACUUCUGGCACAAGAUGGGCUGCUGCGUGGUGGCUAAACCUCCGCCGAAGAAGAAGAGGAGGAAGAUUGAUCGCAGUAUGAUCGGAGAGCCGACAAACUUCAUCCACCUCACACACAUCGGCUCCGGAGAGAUGGCAGAGGGUCUGCAGCCGUCGGGGUCGGUUCAGGAGCAGAUGAGGUCUAAAGGCCCGAACAUGAACGGAAGGAACAGUGUGUUAUAGCCGGACUCAGACCUUCUGACCGACCUCCUCCCUCCUCUGAACCUGUACCCGGAGCCCCCCCCCCCUCCUGUGGGGGGCGCUGUCCUGAUCUCUCUCUUCAUAAAGGAGCAGAGGAAUUUCUUUAAUGAGUGGAGAAGGUGAGGGAGCCACGUUUCUCCUCAGGUCCAGUUAAACACCUGCUCUGCAUCUGACUACAUCUCCCACAAUCCCCCUCUGUUCAGGACGUGGGUUAUCUUUAAAAAAAAGACUUCAUUUCCCAGCAUUCACAGGGAGGGUUUCUCCUCUCACCCAGGAAAUAGUGAAGAUGACUACAGCUCCCAUAAUCCCUCACUCCUGUAGAGCUUCUUUGGAGUUUCCUCAGUGGACUUCGUUUCCCAGGAUGCUUCACUGCUCAGCUUUCUGUAUUUGGCUUUUAAAGGAUCAUUACGCUGCACUUCCCCCCCCCCCACUCGCCUUGUUUGGUCACAUCGCCUCAGUGAUGACAUCAUCGGACUUCGUUACCCAGGAUGCCUCACUCUGCCCGUCCCCACACUGCUGGUGCUGAAUGAUUUAAGAUUCUUGUUUUAGGAGAUGGGAAAGUCCCACAAACCCCUGCUACACUGGACUGUGUGUGUGUGUGUGUGUGUGUGUGUGUGUGUGUGUGAGACAUCAUAUGGUUUUAAUAAUCCACCAGUUUAAAUAUAAAUGUUGACUUCACUGAGCUCUCAGAGGGGCCCAGGCACACAGUUCAAAACUUCCAUUAGAAAACGACCCGUUUUAGUUAAAGUUGUUCAUAUGAGCUUUGUGCAGGAGUUAAACACGUCAGACUGUUCAGACUGAACUUUCAGACGUCUGUUGAAUAUUCAGCUGAAACAUUUUGAAUCCAAUGGAGACAGAAGUGUUUUCAUUUUGGGUUCCACUUUGACUUUUUCCAAACUUUUGUUUAAAACAUCUUUUGACUGCAUCUGGUCAGAAGAUCAAUUAGUAUUUCUCUGCUUUAUACUUAACAUUGAUUUUUAAUUUUCUGCUGUUUGAUUUCUCCUCAUGUCUCUGCCCUCCUGAUGAAAACUAACUGAAGCAGGGAUGGAAAACAGCAGAUUUCUCAGGACAGGGUUCAUGUUCAGUUCGAUGAUGGAGCUGAUUUCUGAGACUUGUAGAUUAAAUGUGUUUGAUAUAUUCUUGAUAAAAAUGAGACUGAAACAAACAUUUUCUGAGAUUUAUGAGAAAAAAGUUUAAAUUCCAGCGCUUUGUAAAGAACACAGAGUAACACACCAUCAACCAAACUCACACAAACUUUUAAAAACGAGUGACAGAUUUUCACAUUUAUUUAUUCGUGUAAACGUUCGAUUGUAUUUUUCCAAUAAUUAUAUCUCCCUACAUGACGGUCAAAAUGUUUCAAAACCUUCUCUAACUAACUCUAAUUCAAACUAAUCUAUUUAGUUCUGUACCAAACCUCCACUGACAAAACAACACAUUUAACACAAACAUCUGUACCAUCAGAGUCUGGUGUGUGUGUCUGUCUCUGUGGAUGACAGGGCUGGACCAAACUAACACCACAAUCCAAUGGAAGUGUUUCAGUAUUGAUUAACUGAUUGACUGAUUAACUGAUUGACUGAUUAACUGAUUGAUCAGUGCUCAUUCAUCACCAUGACAAACAUCCCAAAACAAACAAGACAAAAAGUUAAUAAAGACUGUAGUGUGUGUGUGUGUGUGUUUGGGGGGGGGUGUGUCAUCCCACUCAGCUGUUGUCUGCACUACCCUGGGUGGUUGCCGUGGAAACGGCUGAGUCACAGUGUUCCCCCUCGCCAUGGUGACCGGCCACUUCCUCCUCCUGCGGCCGAGACUGAAGAGGCCGAAACAUCUAUUUCAGGAAAAUCUGAGCCUCUGCUGCUCGUCUCAGCUUCCUCAGGACGGCGUGGUGUGUUCACUGGACUCCUCAGAGCGUGGGAGGUUUUAACACUUCCUCCCUGACCUCCUCAGUCUAACAGAUUCUCUCUGCUACUCCUCCUCAGUGUCAGUUAAUUAGACUGUGUAGGAGCUGUCUGACCUGUCUGUAAUUACCACAGCCGUCAUGUGACUCUCAGUCAACUGCUCAGAUCAGCUGACAAUGUAAACAACAGAUGGUAAACAGCCUCUCACAUGAAACAGAGCGUUACUAAUCAGUUUGUUUGGCUGCACUGGAGCAGCUGCAGUUACCACCAGUGACCACAGGUGUCGCCAAAUGAACAGGACACUCUUUAGUUCUGAAAAUGGAGGACAGUUUGAACAUUUUGAAUUUGUUUGAUCUUGUCUUGUCUUGUCUUAAAAACUGACAGCUGACAGCCCAUCAGUCAGUGAUUUUGUCUUGUUUGAUGCGGAUUUGGCGACACCUGUGGUUUCUGGUGGCAUCUGCAGCUGUUUUUAAUAAUCCAGGUCCCAGAGUUCUGCUGAAAAUAUGGACCAAAAAUAAACAACUAUUUCAAAAUAAAAGAAAAUGUUUUAAAGUUCAGUAAAUUCACAGAACUUCAGCUCAAAUGGAAACUGGACUUCACGUUUUUCCCCUCAACUUUAACUGAAUGUUUCAGGUUCCACAUUCUGAUCAUACAUUUACUUUUACUGUAGUUUAUCUGCACAGCACAGCCUCUCUCUAACAUCAACCAUACUGUCGCUGAUGUGUUACCAUACUGUAGAAACUGAGAAUCUGGGUCCAACAUGUUUGCUCCAGUCUGGUGACAGGGUUGAAAAAUCUGUGGACUCUUUUACAGGUGUUUGAAACCUGUGGUGAUUGGGACUUAAACACAUCCAUGUUUGCAGACACAUGUAUGAACUGUACACAAUAUCAGGGACUUUACAGCUUUGAAAGUUUCUGACGAGACCUUGACUCAGUUCAGAUCCACAUCAGUUCGGUCUCUCUGGGUUUAAGUCUUCAGGUUUAAGUCGUCAUCGUCCUCCUCGACCUCUCGGCUCAUUUCUCCUCUGAUUCUUGGAAACUCAGACCUGUUCUCAGGAUCAGUCAUUGGCUGCCAAAGUCUGGCUCCUUUGUGUUUAUCAGGACCAUAGUUCCUCUCUUCCUCUUCCUCUUCCCCUUCGUCUCGUCCACAUGGGAUUCCCCUCCUCCCGGCUUACAGUUCAACAACACUGGAGAGCACUUUCCCCUCGAUCUCGCCCUCAGGCAGAAACACGUCUCUGUCCUGAUGAACUCAAGCUUUCUCAUUAUCAGUUUAUUUUUAUGCUUUUUUUUUGCUGUUUAUCAAAGAUGUUGUUGAUUUUAUUGACCUGUGUUUGUAUUAUUGAACAAUCUCUUUCUGAAUAGGUGUUGCGUAACUAGUAUUGUAUGAAUGCAUCCAUUAAGAGUAUUGAUCACAAAGCAUUUCUGUGACGUUUGGCACCUUGAGCCUUCGUUGGUCCUGUGGUUUAAACCUGCAGGAGGAACAGAUAAAAAGUCAACCAGAACCUUUAUUUUUCAUAUUCUUCUAACUCUAAAUAAAGUUUAAUCUGACGUGAACCGAGCACGAACCUCCACGGCCGAGUGUCGGAGUGUGUGGAGCUGCAGUUCCUCUCACGUCCACCGGGGCAACAGUAUAAAUUAUUGUUUCGUUAAGUAGAAUUUCAGGCUUAAAUUCAUGUUUGUGUGAUUGACAGGUGUGUCAGCCAAUCACAUUCAGCUGUGGAGGUGGUUCUGGUCGACGGUCCAGAAAACUGUGAGCACGACAAACAGAUGUAAAGUCGUAAUAUAUAAGAAACAUCCUGCUGUUUUAAUGACGAUCUGCCGACAGGCCAGAUUUGAAAAACAAGAACAUGAAUCUGUUUCAGUGUCAGUAACUUUAAAGAUGAUUAAUGCCAAAGAAAAUCAUGACGACCACGUGAGAGAAACAUCCUGAGAAAAAGUUUGAGUAUUAAAGAGUUUACAGAGACCUGAUGUCCAGAAAGACGACAUUUUAAUCUUGUGUGAUCGGAGUAAAUAAGAUAGUAUCUCUAAAGAGUAAAAAACUGAUCUGUUGGAACAAGAUUUCAAAUCUGAAAACAGCAUAAAACCCUGUGUUGACAAAAUAAACAAGAUCAAAUCUCGUAUGAACAAGAUACAGAGUUCUGAGAACAAGAUCAUUUGAGAAAAUACGACAAAAACUUUGGUGAACAACACAUGGAUCUAAAACAAGAAAAUUUGUACGAACAAGAGGAUAAAUUACUGAGAACACACGAUUUAAUCUCUGGUGUUGAGACGGUAGCAUCUGCAAACACGAUCAUUUUAACAAAUAACAUAAAAACCUGCGGCAUGAAGGAAAAAAUGAAAUCAUCUUUCAGGACUUGAGGUUUUCUGUAAAUCAUUUUAGAGAAAACAUCAGAGAUAAAGUUUCACAUUUUAUUAGAAAACAUCAAAAUGUUUCGAGGCUUUAAUAAGUUAGUCUGAGAGUCUGAAUCCAUUACAAACCAACACAGAAUCUGAUGUUUAGUGUUAAAGUGAGAUGAAUGUGUGAUUUGUGUUGAUUUGCUGGUGUUUGUGUUGUGUGUGGUUUUUGUUAUGUAACCUCCUCCUCUGCAGAAACAGAAAUACAGACUGACUUUAUUCCUCCUCUUUAUGUAACGUGUGUCAUGACGGCUCAAAUAAAUCUGCUGUUUUCUCUCCAAA